CCCGGCUGGGCCAGUGCUUGCGCCUGCUGCGCCCCCCACCCCCUCCUGGCACAGCUCGUUCGCCCUGGCUGCAGCCGGGAGGAGGCGUCGGCCAGUGCACCGCAGGCCCCGCCCGCCCACGGCCCUUCCCGGGAGGCCGGGAGACCCACUCCUCCCGGCCCUCGGUGGGUGAGUGCGACCGGCGGGCGGCGGGUGGGGCCUCCGCGGGCGGAGGCACCGGGAGCGGGGACGACGCCUGUCAUCACUCCAGGCCCAGCGGGAGGACGCGCCAACAUCCCCGCUGCUGCGCAGGGCCCGGGGCGUGCCCGCCGCGGCUCCUACCUCUGGGCCCGGCUGGGGCCGCCUGGGGGCUCUGUUCCUCGGCAUUGCGGGGCCUGGCGGGCAGAGCCGCGGAGGGGGCUCCUUCUCCCCGAGGGCAGCGUCUUGGGGCCCGGCCGCUGGCUGACCCGUGGUGGCUCCGGCCAUGCCCGGCUGGCCCUGGGAGCUGCUGCUAACUGCAGGUACGCUCUCCGCCGCCCUGAGCCCGGGACCGCCGGCGCCCGCCGACCCCUGCCACGAUGAGGGGGGCGCUCCCCGGAGCUGUGUGCCGGGCCUGGUGAACGCCGCCCUGGGCCGCGAGGUGCUGGCGUCCAGCACGUGCGGGCGGCCGGCCACUCGGGCCUGCGACGCCUCCGACCCGCGACGGGCACACCCCCCCGCUCUCCUGACCUCCGCAGGGGGCACGGCCAGCCCUCUGUGCUGGCGUUCAGAGUCGCUGCCUCGGGCACCUCUCAACGUGACUCUCACGGUGCCACUCGGCAAGGCUUUCGAGCUGGUCUUCGUGAGCCUGCGCUUCUGCUCAGCUCCCCCAGCCUCCGUGGCCCUGCUCAAGUCGCAGGACCAUGGCCGCAGCUGGGCCCCGCUGGGCUUCUUCUCCUCCCACUGUGGCCUGGACUAUGGCCGCCUGCCUGCCCCUGCUAUUGGCCCAGCUGGUCCAGGGCCUGAGGCCCUGUGCUUCCCGGCACCCCAGGCCCAGCCUGGUGGCAGCGGCCUUCUGGCCUUCAGCGUGCAGGACAGCAGCCCACCAGGCCUGGACCUGGACAGCAGUCCAGUGCUCCAAGACUGGGUGACCGCCACCGACAUCCGCAUAGUACUCACAAGGCCUAGUGCGGCGGGCAACCCCAGGGACUCGGAGGCCCUCUCUUACUCCUAUGCAGCCACCGACCUCCAGGUGGGCGGGCGCUGCAAGUGCAAUGGACAUGCCUCACGGUGCCUGCUGGACGCGCAGGGCCACCUGAUCUGCGACUGUCGGCACGGCACCGAGGGCCCCGACUGCGGCCGCUGUAAGCCCUUCUACUGCGACAGGCCAUGGCAGCGGGCCACAGCCCGGGAACCCCACGCCUGCCUCGCUUGCUCCUGCAACGGCCACGCCCGCCGCUGCCGCUUCAACAUGGAGCUGUACCGACUGUCCGGCCGCCGCAGCGGGGGUGUCUGCCUCAACUGCCGGCACAACACCGCCGGCCGCCACUGCCACUACUGCCGGGAGGGCUUCUAUCGAGACCCUGGCCGCGCCCUGAGUGACCGUCGGGUUUGCAGGGCCUGCGACUGUCACCCCGUUGGUGCUGCUGGCAAGACCUGCAACCAGACCACAGGCCAGUGUCCCUGCAAGGACGGCGUCACUGGCCUCACCUGCAAUCGCUGCGCCCCUGGCUUCCAGCAGAGCCGCUCCCCAGUGGCGCCCUGUGUUAAGACCCCUAUUCCUGGACCCACUGAGGACAGCAGCCCUGCGCAGCCCCAGGACUGUGACUCGCACUGCAAACCUGCCCGUGGCAGCUACCGCAUCAGCCUGAAGAAGUUCUGCAGGAAGGACUACGCGGUGCAGGUGGCGGUGGGCGCGCGCGGCGAGGCGCGCGGCGCGUGGACGCGCUUCCCAGUGGCGGUGCUCGCCGUGUUCCGGAGCGGAGAGGAGCGCGCGCGGCGCGGGAGCAGCGCGUUGUGGGUGCCCGCGGGGGACGCGGCCUGCGGCUGCCCGCGCCUCCUCCCAGGCCGCCGCUACCUGCUGCUGGGGGGCGGGCCCGGAGCCGCGGCCGGGGGCGCAGGGGGCCGGGGUCCCGGGCUCAGCGCCGCCCGCGGAAGCCUAGUGCUGCCCUGGAGGGACGCGUGGACGCGGCGCCUGCGGAGGCUGCAGCGGCGCGAGCGGCGGGGGCGCUGCGGCACUGCCUGAGCCCGCGGGUGGGAGGGGCGGGCGCUGCCCCACAUCCAGGAGCACGUUCACCCUGUGCCUUCGCCUGCCGAGGAUUCCUUGCUCGCGUCGUGCUUGUCGCCACCUGGGCCACCGCCCCGCCCCUCCGGCAGCUCCCUCGAUACCUCCCGUCUGGCCCCGGCGGAUGUGACCGGCGCAGCGACAGCCCGCCCCGCACCGAGGCGGGUGAUACGGCGCCAUGGUCUCCCCCCACCCGGCCGUCGGCCCUGUACCAGGGGCACUGUGAUACCCCGAAGGCUGUGAACCCGUCGUGAUGCCAGGCCCUCUCGGGGGUCUCAGAUCAUCCCCCGGGCCUCGGUGAUGCACCCCGACCCGGGCGGCGACCCGCCAGGGAGCGCGCUAACCUCCCCAAAGACUGUGGCCACUGCAGGCGCCUUGGAGCCCCCUUGGGGGGACAGGGCGUCUCCUGCCUGCUGCAGCCCCGCAAGGGCGGCGGCCUCGGCCCCUGCAGGCUGGGCGUCUGCCGCCGGGUCUCGCAUCUUUCUUGGCCGGCUAUGUCCCCAUCUGCGGGCUCCGUCCGGCCGUUCCUCUCUCUGCCGCGUCUCCCCCGCUCAGGGCCUGUCCCAGGACUCCCUUCCGGCCCUUCUCCCCCGGCUCGGGGCUGGACGUCGCGCCCACGCGGUUCCAGAUCCACGCGUGACCCGGCCGGGCGGAGACUCCGACAGGUGGCUGUCCGGGCCCCCGAUGCCCUAGGCGGGGCCCUGCCACCCUCCCGCCCCGCUUGGCUCGCCCCCUGGGACCGCACUGCAGCCGCCGCCCCUCUGCACCGGACCGGUCCCCGGCCGGCGCC